GGUGAAGGAAAAUGUAAAUAUAUACAAUACGGUGAACGCAACCGAAAUUAAUCAUAACAUCCACCGGUAAAAAUCGAUAAGACUAGUCGUACCGAAAAGUGCCAUAUUUAUCAAGAUUUGAUUUUACUAUUACUAUUCAGCUAGUCACUAUGAACACAAGAUACCUGUACGCGUGUAUAUUCUAUGCCAUCUUGCUUCAUUGUACCUCCACCGAAAAGACUGGAUUUUGCCACAUUCGUCACUUCUUUCAGCACUAUUUUACGAGUCCUAUCGAUGAUGGACCAAAUGCCCUAGCUCAAAAACCAAAAGUCUAUCUGCUUUACGAUGUAAAUCCUUCGGAAGGAUUCAAUCUGCGGCGCGAUGUGUACAUUCGUCUGGCUGUUUUCCUGAAAAGUCUGCGGAGAUAUCGUGGCUACGAGAGCGCCGUAUUAGUUUUACCCCCGUGGUCUACCUUAUACCACUGGCGAUCGGCUACGGAUCAAAUGCACAUUCCAUGGGGCCACUUUUUCGACCUCACUUCGAUGCGUCAAUAUACCGAUGUCAUUGAAAUCAGUCAAUUCUUUCAAGAAUAUAAAGAUAACAGAGGAAAGGAGGCGUCUAAAGUACGGAUUGACGAAUUUUACCGGUUAUCGCACUUUGAUGAUAUGUUCGAGAAUGGAGUGUUUGUGGACAAGUUCGAACGAAGCGCUUGCCAGCGAAACUCGAUUCCGUCGGUGGGUGGAGUGCAGGGAAUUAUGGGUUAUCCAAAUGUGACAAUCGAUGAGUUACUAUGUAUGCGGUUUCAAGGGUCUGCUUCACUGUUGCAUUCCAUGUUCGAGAAAUUCAAACCUAAACAUCCGCGACCACUGCGGGUUAUAAUGCUUUACAAUGCUGAAACCAUUCUGCACAAUUUCUGGGGCAAUGUGGACUAUUGGGAAGCUCGUCGUUCGAUGCGUUUCAACAAGAAUCUGGUGGAGUUAGCUAGUAAAUUUCGGCUGGAUUAUUUUAAUUCCACGAACGAUUUGGACCGCGUACAGCGCCCUGCGUCGUGGGUGGAUGAAAAACCCUAUCGUAAAGCCAAGGGAGGAGAAUACCUGUGUGCGCAUCUUCGCCGAGCAGAUUUUUUGCAUGGGCGAGAGAAAACCACACCAACGCUUCGAUCGGCUGCCGUCCAAAUCAAGCGACGAUUGUUGGAGCUGGGUUUGCGAAAAGUAUUCGUUGCCUCCGACUGUCAUCGAACCGAGUUCCAUGAGCUAAAGAACUACCUCAAACGGUUCAAGGUAGUUCGCUUCACACCGGAGAGUAAACAGCAGCUAGAUUGGCUUAAAGAUGGUGGCGUUGCCAUUGUGGAUCAGAUCAUUUGUUCACACGCACGAUACUUCCUUGGCACGUACGAGUCAACCUUCACCUAUCGGAUCUACGAGGAACGAGAGAUACUGGGUUUCCCGAAGGAUUUGACCUUCAACACCUUCUGCAAAGAGGAGGAAGCCACCGACUGCGAGAAAAAUUCCGUUUGGCCUAUUCAGUAUGAUUGAAUGGGACUCAGAUAUGCUGUCAGAGCUCUGGCGUAACGAAACGUGUGUGGCCAAAAAGUUUACGUUUUUUUUUUAUCUAUUGCCAUUGAAUUUUUUACUAUUUUUAAAAAUACUCUCCAUUAGAUUUCAUUCUUCCGUUGUGUUUUUUACAAACAAAAAAUAAAGGUGAUUUUUACUUUAGGUCUAAUAAUAAUGCAAACUGUAAUUAGCAAUAAAAAAAUAAACCUCAA